AUGGCACUUCAAGAUGUUCGUGUGGUAGUGGCAAUUGAUUUUGGUACAACUAACUCUGCAUUCGCUUUUGCGCACAAAGAUAGGCCCAAAGAAAUAGUGACAUUCAACAGUUGGCCAGGAAAUUACGGGAAUUUUAAAAAUCCCACGGUGCUUAAAUACUGUUCAAGGUAUAAAGAAGUAAUAGAUUGGGGAAAAGAGGCGUUGGUUCAGAUACCCCACGAUGAGUCAGAUAACGAUGAUUCCAAGCCCAUAGAAGAAUUUAAAUUACAUCUAUAUGAAUUGGAUGUUAAACCUUGGUUACCUCCACAAUUGACAUAUAACAAGGCAAUUCAGGAUUAUCUAACCAAAAUGCGAGAAUUGAUUCAGGAUAAAAUUCAGAAAGACCUUCCUACAAUAAAAUUCCCCGACCAAAUUAAGAUUGUACUAACCAUACCAGCUGAAUGGCCUCCUCGUACUACCGACAUAAUGCGCGAAUGUGCAUUCAAAGCCGGUUUAUUGAGCAAUUUGCGUUCAAAGAAUUUGGAAUUUACGACAGAACCGGAAGCCGCGGCAUUACACUGCCUCACCGUAGUAGACGAUCACGAUAUGAAGACCGAAGUCGCUGAUUGUGGUGGGGGUACGGUCGACAUUACGAUGCGCAAGCUCCUUCCAAACAAUGAGCUUGACGAAAUCACAGAACGCACUGGGUAUCCUUGCGGGAGUACUUUUGUUGACAAAGAAUUUCUUAGAUUUCUCGGUGAAAAACUAAGUUUCCAAGCUGUCGAAAAAUUUAAAAAUAAUCAUUACGAAAAGAUGCAAUGCUUGAUUCAGGAAUUUUUCUGUGAGAAAGUCAAAUAUCGAUUCAACGGUGAGAAAAACAAGUGGAGGGUCGUCAAACUCGACUUACAAAGAGAAUGCCCAGAUUUGAUUGAAUGCGUUGAAGGAAGGAAACGGUCGGAGAUGGAGGAUGAUGGGUGGAUCAUAAAGCUGGAUUUCAAUGCGGUUAAAGAUAUGUUUGACCCAGUCAUUAACAAAAUUCUUGAAUUAAUUUCGGAGCAAUUAAAUUCAUCACAGGAAAAGUGUUCAGUAAUAUUUUUAGUUGGUGGAUUUUGUAAAUCUGACUAUCUUUAUCGCCGUGUUCAAGAAAAUUUUCGAUUUCAAGUUCCGAAAAUCGUUAUUCCACAACCUCCCGAUAUUGCCGUCGUUCGAGGUGGAUUGGCUUAUGGAAUCAAUGAUCAAAUUAUCAAGACACGUGUACUUAAAUGGACAUUUGGUGUUGAAGUGGCGCACGAAUGGAUAGAGGGUAAAGACAAGAGGAAACGACGGACGCCAGAAGGUCUUGUAUAUACAUUUGAAAAGUUAGCGCAGCGUGGAACAAAGGUCGACGUCAACAAGAAAUUUUCAAAAACUUUUUAUCCUGUAAGACCAAAACAAGUGACAAUCGCAUUCAAAAUUUUCACCACAAAAGAUCUCGAUGGAAAAUUUUGUGACGAUCCCGGAAUGAAGCAUGUUGGAACCAUGAAAGUCUCCAUCGAUGGGACCAAUUGUCCAAUUGAAUUUUCUUUAACAUUCGGUAGAAUGGAAUUUACGGCAACAGCUGUUAACGAAAAAACAAAACAAGUUUAUCCAGAUGCAACGUUUGAGCUUGAAGUUUCAUAG